AUGGAAAUGAAGUGUUUGAUCUUCGCAUGUUUGACAUUAGCUGCAAUCUUUGUUCAACAAACACUUUCCUGCUCCUGUUAUCCGGCACCUAACUUUCCUGAUCGUUAUUGCAGUUCAGGAUUCGUUUUUCGAGGAAAAGUUGAAAAUGAAACACUCGAUCGGAAAGGUUAUUUAGGAUUUCAAGACAAAUACGUAUACACAGUGAAAGUUGAGAAGGUGUACAAAUCUACGGAGCUGGCAAAAGAGAAAGUCGAUGGAAAUAGUAUGGUGCAGCUUGAAACCCCAAAAUUUGGGUCUCUGUGUGGACGACCUCUCAUGCCUGGCGCAGAGUACCUUAUUUCAGUCACCCCAUACAUGAUCGCUCGUAAUUCUGACGUCAUGGGUAUCAAUAUGUGUGAAUGGAUCGAGGAAUAUAGCCGGAUAUCUCCUGCAGACCUACAAGCACUUGACGAUGAGUUUGAAUGCAUACUCGACUAA